AUGGCACCGAUUGCGAUGUCUGACCUGAAGUCACCCUCAUCAAUUGCUGCCGUCGACCCGAUCGUUUUCCCUGCGCCAGAUGCCGACGAGAAGUUGAAGAAAUUAUGGCAACUCCACGGACAUCCUCAUAGCUCAAGAUUCUCUGACCCGAAAUUGACGAGUGUCGCGGCAUUGGUUGAGCAUAAUGCCGUGAUUCAACCCUCCAAGCCGGCUUUCAUACAUCCUAUCGGUGACUCCUUCGAAGUGCUGGACUGGGCCCGGCUCAAUCAGUUUUACCUUAGAGCAUCGAGUUUCUACUCUAAGCAGUUUCGAGAGGAAAUUGGUGCUGCCAAUGAAACGGGUCAGCAACCCACUGUCGCUCUCCUCGGCGUCGGCAACUCGAUCUCGUAUCUCAUCACCCAAUUCGCCCUAAAUCGUCUGCACCUUCGGGUCCUACUUCUUAGCAACAAGAACUCUCUGGCAACGAGAGAUCAUCUUCUUCGAGUGUGCAAUGUUAUUGCAAUAAUCAUCGACGAGGCGAAUGAAGCUUCACUCCAUGGGGAAAGCCCGGGUCAACUCCCGUUGACGAAACUCAUCAGCUUAGAUGAGCUGAGAGAAAACAAACCAGAGGCUUUUGAAGAACCCUGCAUAGGGUUUGAGACUGAUGAUGAGUGGACUCUCCAGUCAAUGAUCAUCCACUCAUCUGGUUCUACGGGAGUGCCGAAACCAAUUAUCCACACGAAUCGGAGUCUGUGUCAAAUUGCACGGAUGUACAGAUUACUCCCAGAGUUCUUCAUUGAGAACUGGUAUCUGUGUUUUCCCUUAUUCCACGUAGCUGGGUUGUCAAUCGCCCUGUCGGGACUCCCAACCGGUCUACCUACCUCCUUACCUCCAACACAAUGGCCACCGGCCCCAAGUUCAAUACUUUCUGCAUGGAAGUCCUUGACUAGCCUCGGCUAUCCGCCCGACUGCCUGCACUGCGCACCCUCAGUCAUUGAGGACCUCUACGAAUACAUCACUCUCACCACCAAAGACUACACUCCUCUGACGGACUUGAAGGUCCUACAGCCCGGGGGAGCUCCACUGUCCCCUUCAAUGCUGUCCAAACUUCAGAACAUCGGCGUCAAUAUUAAAACAACAUAUGGUACAACUGAAACCGGUCCGCCACUACGGACAAUACCUCACACAAGAGACAAUCCAGACGUGUACCGCUUCCGCAACUUGUACCCAGAGUCAGAACAUGUAGGCAUGGAGUCCAUUGCGGAUAACCUCUUCGAGUGCGUUGUAUACCGAGGGUUUCCUCUAGCCGCAGAGCUCUGGCUUGAGGAGACGGCGCCGAAUCCAUACCGUACGGGGGACUUGUUCAUCGAGGAUCCCCCAGGGAGCGGGUAUUUCGUCCUCCAAGGCCGCAGAGAUGACAUUCUCGUGCACAGCAAUGGAGAGAAGACACAUGCCGCGGCUCUCGCCAUGGCGCUUGAAGAAGAUAAGACGAGCACUAUUGCGAAGACGGCAGUGUUUGGCACAGGAAAGCCUUGCCCUUCCGUCGUUGUUGAGAUCGACUGGUCUGAGGUGGAGAAGCGAUCCAUAUCAGAACCUGAUCUUGCUGAAGAGGUGUGGAAAGUAGUAGAUAUUUGCAACAGGAAUUCUCCGACGUACUCACGAAUCCCUCGUCAAACGGUUCUCAUUCUGCAAAAUGAGGAGACGUUGCCAGUCACUCCAAAAGGGAACGUGCGACGGACAAUUGCCUGGGAUCUGUAUGGAGAUAGGGUGGAAGAACUUUACAACUCCUUCCUAGGCAACCAGCUCGAGUCUGAUAAGGCCUCCAAGCCGUUUCCUUCCAGAAACUCCGGUACUUCGGAUCUCGAAAUCGUUCAAACCGUUGUCGCUGAUGUAUUCGAUCUCUCUGUGGAAGAUUUGGUGCCAGACCAAAACUGGUACGAACUCGGUCUCGAUUCUAUGCGCGCCGUCGAGAUACGAUCGAGACUUGUGAAGUCGUUCGGGGCGUUCCCUUUGAUGUUCAUCUUCGGAUAUCCUACGGCAAGGAAGCUUCUCGAGUUCCUUCAGCUAUUCAAAGGUGGUCUGAAUAGCAAUGCCUCGGUGGCCGGCAACCACUAUGAGUGGAUCAGGUCGACCAUCCGCCGCAUGAACAUUGAGAUCGACAACUGGCAAGCGACUCAAGCUCAACAGGAUGAGUUGAAAAACGAGAGGGAAGUCAUUUAUCUCACGGGAGCCAGCGGUGCUCUGGGCAACGCACUAGUGGAAGUCCUGGUCCAGAUGGCAACUGUUCAAAAGAUUUACUGCGGCGUACGAGGAGCAGAUCCUGGAGCUCGAGUCUUAGGGUCCAUGAAAGAGAGAGGGUAUCCAGAGAGCAUUUAUCAAAGCGAGAAAAUUGUGCCCGUCAGCUAUGACAUGAAGGACGGAAAGCUAGGAUUGGACGAGCAGAUGUAUCAACAUCUGACGAAUGAGGUGACCACCGUGAUGCACAACGCUUGGAAGUUGGAUUUCAAUCAGCCAAUUGAACAGUUCGAGGACGACUGCCUGAGAGGAACCAUGCAUCUCAUGUCUUUCUGCCUCAAGGGGCUCAAGAAGACAUUCACCUUCAUGAGCAGCGUCGCCGCAGCAAUGAGAAGGCCCCCGGGCACCAAAGUGCCAGAGCUUCCACUCUCCCCGGAUCCUGCAAAUGCACUUCCCACCGGAUACGCGCAGUCCAAGUUCAUCAUCGAGCAAGUCACGCAGCACUAUGCCUCUACUCACAAUGUCGCUGUUCGCAUCCUCCGAGUCGGCCAGCUUUGUGGUCACUCAAGACUGGGGGCAUGGAACCAUACUGAGAUGUGGCCUACCAUGAUGAUGGCGGGGCUAGAUCACCUCGAUGCGAUGCCGACCUUGCAGACCAAGGUCGACUGGCUCCCCGUCGACUUCUGUGCGGAAGCCAUCGGUGAUGCAGUGGUCCACAAUAUUGCCGAGACGUCGUAUGCUGUGUGUAAUCUCAUCAACCCGAGCGCUAUCUCAUGGGAACAGCUUGUUGAUAUGCUGGAAGACUCUUCAGGGCGAAAGAUCCAGCACGUCAGUAUGAGGGAAUGGGUGUCUAGGUUGGAAGCAACUGCCGAAUCGAAGAGCUUGGGUGUGAAGGAGCUGCCAGCUAUGAAGCUUCUAGGCUUCUUCCAGUCCAUGGUUGAUGGCAAUGGAAACGGCGAGGGCGUGGAGUUUGUUGCGGGAAGCGUAGAGAAAGGUAGACGAAUUGGGGUGGACAUGGUCAAGAGGUGGCUAGGAGUAUGGCGUCAAACAGGUCACUUGAAGGAAUAG